GUGAAUUACGCAGUUCUUAUUUGGUUUUCUCAUUCAGCAACCUCUGCACCCAUCAAAAGACAUCGAUUUCCAUGCAGUAUCGUUGGUCUAUGUCACUCCGGUAUUUUCUAUUUACCUCCUCCUAUCUUCACAAAGUGGAACAAACUAGGCUAUGAAGUCGCGGAAAUUUUUACUCCAAAGUUCGAUCUCAUCUCUCCUGUUUGGUUCCAAAUCCUGGGACGGAAGAAGUCAUACACCGUGAGUGGGAUACCAAACGUCGAUAACUGGAUUCGACGACUUCAUCAUCGGAACCCGACAGUCAAGGUCGUCCCACGUUUCAUAUUUGAAGACUGGACUGCAGAGGACUACUCUCUCACACUGAAAGAUAGCAGUAAAACGAAAGCGUAUUUUCUCCGUACUCUUUCCAUUGAGCGCAAUAUAAUGGGCCUUGAAUUUCUACUUUCUGUUAACUUAAAUUGGUUAUUGAAUCACGGAUGCCUUCACAGUAUUCGAGUAUCCGUGAAUGGUUGA